AUGAAACAAACUAUUGUUAUUAUAGGAGGUGGAAUUAUUGGAUCAACUACGGCUUAUUAUCUUACACGUCAUUCUAAAUAUGAUUCUUCCAAGAUGUCGAUUAUACUUAUUGAAGGAACAGGUAUUGCUUCUGGAGCAUCUGGAAAAGCAGGUGGAUUAUUAGCUUUGGAUUGGCAUGGACAAGAAACAGCAUCAUUGGCUAAGCUUUCUUAUGAAUUACAUGAAACUCUUGCUAGGGAGCAUGAUGGAGAAAAUAAAUGGGGAUAUAGAAAGUUGGAUACUUUACAAAUUUCAUCUUCUUCUCGCCCUAAGAGAUUAGCAAAGCUCCCUGUAACUUUGGAUUGGAUUGAUUCUGAGAAAAUUGAGCGAGUAUCUGUCUUAGGUACAACAUUUACUACAGCACAAGUUCAUCCGUAUCAUUUUACAAAUACCAUUUUUUCUUUAGCUCAAGAGAAAGGUGUAAGACUGAUUUUAGGCACUGUUCUUCCAUUGGAUGAUAUAAAAACUGUUCGUUAUAUCCCUAAAGGUGAAUCUUUUGUACAAACAAUUUCCGCGGAUUAUGUACUUAUUACUGCGGGACCAUGGACAGGUCAGAUAUAUCCUAGUAUUCCUAUUUCUGGUUUUCGUGCUCAUAGCAUUGUUGUUACAAUUGAUAAACCUUUAUCUGCACAUGCAUUAUUUACACAUAUGAAAUUGGAAAAUGGGCGGUUUGUGAGUCCUGAAAUUUAUGCCAGAAAACAUGAGCUUUAUAUUUGUGGAGAAUCAGAUAAUGAGCCUUUACCCUCUACAACAGAGGAUGUACAAGUUAAAGAUAGUUCUUGUGAGGAAUUGAAAAAGUGGGGAGAUGAAUUAAGUAAGUUUAUUAAAAACGGUCAUGUUAAGACAAAGCAAGCAUGUUAUUUGCCUGCUUGUACUUCCCAUAUUAAUGGGCCUUUAAUUGGUAAAGUUAAAGACGGUCUUUAUGUUGGUUCAGGUCAUGGAUGUUGGGGAAUUUGUAAUGGACCUGGUACAGGAAAAGUUUUAUCAGAAAUACUUUUGGAUGGUGAGGCCACCAGUAUUAAUAUAAGAAAGUUAAAUUUUCUUUUUUAA